AUGUCGCAAAGAAUAAUUAGUCAAGACACACGUAUCGAUCGGUAUAGCAAGCGAGAGAUCACCACUUAUACUGUCUACCAAACCUUCAUCUACGAGCCUGUGGGUUUGGAAGAGUCCAGCUACAAGACUGGUAAUGUUGCCGGAGGGAUUCGUGCCUACAAGUUCGCCGUGAGCCGAGGCAGAGAGCAUUGGUUCAGAGUCACUAAGUCUGCUGCAUCAGGCAGAGGCGGAACUACUACCUUUGAGGUUUCUAGGAACAUGUCUACGUUCACGGUAACCCGGGAUAACUCCUCCGACUUCGAACUCUCUGUCAAGUACGCAAUCACGCACAGCGCUCUGGGCUACAGACUUCUUAGGAUCUCCGGCGGUUCAGACACCUACUACGAUAUCAACGAGCCAGAGGACAUACUGGAAGCCUUUGACGCGUUCGACAUCGCUAUCUUCCUACAUCAUCUUCAGACAGGCGACAGCGGCUUCGACUUUUCUUUGCCAUCGGCAAGUCCCAUUCCCGAAGGUAUGGAAGGCAAUCUUACCACUCAGCGAAUUGUCGCGGCACGAUCGAUGGAUGUUCCAGACAUUUAG